AUAUUAAUGGAAGGGACUGCAUCAGUUGUAAGAACCAAAGAAAUCUAAAAUUUGAUUUCGAGUCCCCGCCAGGUGAAAUGGUUGAUUGUGUUGAAUAUGGUAUAUACUUGAAUUAUGGGGGUAGAUUCAUUAGGGACCCAACACUUCAGUAUGUCGGAGGUAGUUUUCAUAGUAUAUGGCUCAAACCUAGUAGUUUUGAACCCCGUAUUUUUAGAGAGAAAUUGCAAUGCUUGCAUAUUGACAUAGAUGGCAUGGCAGAUUUUGUGUGGUAUAAAAAUCCUGCAAAGAAGCUUGAUAAUGGCCUUGUGUUAAUUAUUUCUGAUGAUUCAAUUGUUGACAUGUUUGAACUAUUAAUGUAUCAUGGGUAUAUAGAUGUCUACGUUGAACAUGAAUAUGAAAUUCAGAAACAAGUGACAAAAGGUGGGCCCUCUCAUGGGAAUAAUGGUUCAGUAAAUGAUGUUUUAAUGGUUGGUGAGACAGUGGCAUGUAAUGUAAAUUUGCAUACAUCUGGGGUUGAUUUAGAAUGGGAAUAUGGUUUUGGUUGUGUUAGCCAGGAGAUUCAAACACCAAUUGUUGGACAAAAUACUAGAAAUUGUGCACAAGGAAGAACCGAAGAAGAUGUGAACAGUGGUGAGGAGUAUAUUGAUGUUCCUUGGUUAACCGACAAUGAGGAUGAGGAGUGGCAAGCAGCAAGGACUCAGUACAGGGAUAGUUUUAAGUUAUAUGGAGAUGAUGCUGAUAUAGAUAGGGGUUUAUUUGAUCCAACUGAAGCAUUUGUUGAUGAUGGCCUCAGUGACUCAAUUGAUUCUAAUGAUGAGGUCAGCUUUGUUACAACUAGUGAUGAUAGUGAGGCAGAGGAAGCAAGAAGAAGGCGAUCACUGCACAAGGUGUUUGAUGACUCCAUUGUCAAUCCAGAGUUUGAAGUAGGAAUGAUUUUUUUGAGUAGGAAGCAGUUUAAAGAUGCUGUUCUAGCACACUCUAUUUAUGUGAAAAGAGAAACAAUCUUGAAGAAAAAUGAUAAAAAAAGAGUUAGGGCUGUAUGUGCAGAUAAGAGGUGCAAUUGGGCUUUGUUACUGUCCAUUGAUGGUAGGACAAAAAGCUGGAUGAUAAAAACUUACAAAGAUGAGCAUACAUGUGGUUUGAGUUGUAAUAACAAGAGGGUUAAAUCAAGAAUUUUAGCCAGACACUUCAUUAAGACAAGGGGCAUUUCAGCUACUACACUUUCCCAAAUCAAUAUCCAAGAAGCAAUUCAUGAGGAACUCCAUCUUGAGAUCACAAUGAGUCAAGCUAGAAGGACAAAACUAAUUAUUGUCAGAGAGUUUCAAGGCAACUGUGAGCAAGAAUAUAAGAAAUUAUUUGAUUACAGAUUAGAGCUAUUGAAGAAGAAUCCCACUUCUACAUUCGAGAUUGAUGCAAGGAGGCCUACACUAGAUUCUAAACCUGUUUUUUUACGCUUUUAUGUUUGCUUUGCUGCACUGAGAGAAGGGUUUAUAGCUGGUUGUAGACCAAUACUUGGUCUAGAUGGUGCGUUUUUAAAAGGUCCUUGCAAGGGUCAAUUACUAUCUACAGUUGGAAGGGAUGCAAAUAAUCAAAUGUAUCCAGUUGCUUGGGCCAUUGUGGAGGGUGAAAGCACAAGCACAUGGACAUGGUUCUUGGAGUUUUUGAAUCAUGAUCUAAAAAUUGGUGAUGGGGAAUAUUAUACCUUUGGGCUGAUUAAUGCUAUCCAGAAUUUGUUCCCAAAAGCACGUCAUAGAAGAUGUGCUCGGCAUAUUUAUGCAAAUUUUAGAAAGGAACACAAGGGUAAGGCAUUGCAAAGAUGGUUUUGGAUCACUGCCAAGUCAACAAAUGAAGCUGAAUUUAAGAGGAAUCUCGAGGAGCUCAAUAAAUUGAAGCCUGCAGCUAAAGAUUAUGUGAUGAAGUUGGACCCAAAAUUCUGGUGCAAGGCAUUUUUCGAUUCCUAUGCAAGAUGUGAUGUAGUUGACAAUAACAUGACCGAAGCUUUCAAUGGUUUCAUUCUAGAUGCAAGGCAUAAGGGUCCUCUCUCAUUGCUAGAGGAUCUUAGAAGAAAGUGGAGCAAAAGGAACAUUGAAAAGUUGGAGUUUGCCGAGAAAAAAUUCAAAGGUGAUUUUGGUCCAAAGAUUUGGGAGAAGAUUGAAGACCAUAGAGACAAAAUGUCAAGAUGCCAUAUAAAAUCACAAGCAAGAUGGCAUUAUGAAGUACAAGAACGACCAUAUUCCUUUCUAGUCAAUCUUCGGGACCAAACUUGUAGUUGUAGAGUUUGGCAGCUCAAUGGUAUUCCCUGUAGACAUGGAAUGCUUGUCAUCCAGCAUAGGCACGAGAACUAUGAAGAUUAUAUGCACCCAUGUUAUAGAAAGCAAGCCUACAUUGACACAUACAAACAUGAAAUAAUUCCUAUUGAUGGAAUGCAAUUGUGGGUUGAUUCAGGGAUGCCUGAAGUUGAUCCUCCAAUUCCAAAAAACUCACCGGGAAGGCCUAAGAAAAAUAGGCAUUUAGAAGAAUGGGAAAAAACUAGUGGAUCAACCUUGAGUAGAAAGGAAAGGGUAAUGACUUGUCAAGUAUGCUUCAAGAAGGGUCACAAUUCAAGAUCAUAUGUCCAACCAGCUGCUAAUGUUCAACCAGAUUCUAAUGUUCAAGCUCUUUUUAGUGUUCAACAAGUUUCUGAUCUUCAAGCUCCCGUUAUUGUUGAAUCACAUUCUGAUAUUCAACUUCCAGUAGGAGCUCAGCAAAAUUCUGAUGUCCAAUUAGAUCCAGUAGCUUUUGAGUCAACUGUGAUGGUUUCAAAAAAAAAUCAUUCAAGGAAAAAACAGAUUGCAAAGAGUGUUGAAUUGAGUAAAAUACCUAAAGAGUUCAGAAGAACAAGUCGGUCAAGGAUGAAAAAGAGUACUCCGGUAGUUGAAGAUUCUGGGGUGAUCAACUCUUUCAACAUUAAUGAGAAUGCUGCUGCAAGCAAUACUACUAAAUCACAGAAGAAAAAUGGUGAAAAGGGUGUUGCAAAUCAAAAGAAAAAGCAAGCCAAAACUAAGAAAAAGCAAGCCAAAACUAAGAAAAAUGAAGCUCCUGCAGUGACUUUACAAUCUGUCCAAUUGAAUGCUGAGAAUGUUGAUAUUUUUGGCUUAAAUAUUGGCAACUUACAAACUGUUAUGAGGACUACCACAGUGAGCAUGGAAGAAAAUAUGGUGUCUAGCCAACCACAUCAACCAAUUAAAAGACAAAGCAUCACAUACCAACAGUUAGAUGUGGGUGCUAUUCAUGUGAUUUGAAAUUUUAAAUAGCAUCUAUUUUAAAAUUUUUGUUUAUAUUUAUGUUUUAUUUCAUAUAUUUUACUUGUGUGGAGUUGCUAUUAUUUGUAGGCUGAAAGAUGUGCAAGAUUAAGGGCCAUAAAACAAACAAGGUUGG